AUGAAAAUAAAUUGUAUUCCUAGUUUGUGUUUGCAAUUGCAGGUGCUAAUCAUACUAGCUAGCUUUUCUACAAACAAGGUCGUUGAGUCAGACAUCAGAUGCCUAAGAUCAAUCAAGGAAUCAUUAGAAGACCCAUUACACAUAUUUUCAACCUGGAAUUUUAACAACAAUACAGAAGGUUUCAUCUGCAGGUUUACUGGUGUUGAAUGCUGGCAACAUGAUAAGAAUAAGGUUUUGAAUAUUCGAUUACCAAAAAUGGAUCUCAGAGGACAAUUUCCAAUGGGCAUAAGAAACUGUGAUAGCUUGACAGGAUUAGAUCUUUCUAGCAACUACCUCUCAGGACCAAUUCCUUCUAAUAUUGCACAACUUUUAGGAUUCAUCUUCGUUCUAAAACUCUCCAACAACAGUUCUCAGGUCCAAUCCCACCUAGCAUUGCCAAUUGUACGUAUAUCAAUGUUCUGA